AUGGCUGCCUACGCUGCCUAUGCAAUGAAGUCGAUAAGUGGUUCCGCCGGAGGCCCCAUUGAUGCUUCGGGGCUUCCUUUGUUGCCACUUUCGCCUUUGCCCUUCAACGUAUCGCCGCAAGCUGACGGUCCCGUGCAUCACUGGAGGGAGGGUAACCUACCUGUUAAUUCUAAAUGCGGCAGCUGCAAGAAAACAUGCUGGUCGGCUGAAUGCCUCACUGGCAUGAGGUGUGAGUGGUGUGGCGUUACAGUACACUACACCUGCUACCGAAACCUGCCAGUCGAAUGUGAUUAUGGGGCUCUUCGUGACAUUAUGCUCCCACCCCAGGCAGUACUGAUUCCUCGGACCAGUCUCCUAAUAGAACACAUUGUUGGGAUACCAAAGCCGCAGCCGGAUAUCUACCCAGGAUUACCUGCGCUCAUGGAUGGGUUCUCAAGCAGUGGUGAGAGUCUGGACGAGUCUGGCUUCGAACGGAGAACUACACGCGACAAGUCGGAUCGGGAUUUUGAUGACUAUGUCCGUGUGUACGAUGGGAUGGACCGGUAUAGGCGACAUCAGUGUCGCUAUCUCUCCCUUGGGAAGAAUGUCUCAGUGCGGAAAGUUGUUGAACUCUCCCUCAAAGCAUUCCAGCUUCCUCCAGAUGAGGAAAAUGACUUUUAUCUCGUUGAAAUAAAUGAACGAGCCUUCCCGGCUUGUACUAAGAAUAGUGUGCUUCAAAAGCAUAGUUCUUCCUGGCGUUGUUUAUUUAUAGACGGAAGUGAGCACCGCCUUGAUCCAAAUACGGCAUUCAAACGUCAACUUCAAUUCGAAACACGCCGACCGCAGAUAAUUCUACGCUAUAUGGAGCGAACCGAAAAUAGGGAGUAUAUAAAUGUAUAUACGGGAUCACUGACAAAAUAUGCUGAUAUAAAUAUACCAUUCAUUCGGGUCGCGAUUAUGCCGGAAACAUCUGCUCACGAAGUCUUAGUGCUUUCACUCUAUCGACUCGGAGUCGGGCACCUUGAUGCCAAAAAUUUCAACCUCGUCGAAACUGUGGUGGACCGUGGCCUGGUCGAACGCGUCCUUCAGCCUACCGACAAGCCCUGGGACAUCAUUGACAAUGUGCGACUGGAGUCAGUGAGGGCCCUCCGACUGACACGGUUCUACAUUCGCUCAUUAAAGGAUCCCUGUGGCCACGGAAUCUCCCUCUUCGUGGGUAAUCUGAAAAAGGGCCUGAGCCAAAGACUCUACGAAAUUAUACUGCUUGAACGGCUUGGCUUUCAGAACAAGUGGGACUACAUCGGUUAG